GCGCUUCAAACACCAGCCUACAUUUCUACGCCAGAUCGCAACAGGAUGGCUCCGGACAAGAAAGACAAGAAGCGCAAGGCUGCCAACGCCGUUGCCGCCGACUUGCCCGCAAAGAAGACCAAGAAGGUCGACGCCAAAUCUGCUCAACCUUCUAAGGAAGCUCCCAAGCCGGCUCUCAAGAAGACCAAGAAGACCGAGGCCCCUGUCAAGGCCGAAUCUUCCUCGAAACUGAAGGUCAACGGCGAGCCAGCUAGACAGGUCAAGCCCCGUAAGCGUGCCGCCGACUUCCUCAGUGACAACGAGGAGAGUGAGCCAGAGGCAAAGACUACCGAGGUCAAGGCUAGCAAGGAGAAGCCCAGCACCAAGAAGUCAAAGAAGUCAGAUGGGACCGCCGCCGCUGCCACGAAAGGAAAAGCCGCCAAAGCGAACACCAAACCCAAGAAGGUCGAGCCUGUUGUGGAAGAAGAUUCUGAGGAUGAGGAUGAGUCUGCCGCCUCGGAUGCAAGCCAGAGUGAGGGUGAGGAGGAUGACCGCACAACUGCUCUGAUCCGCGGCUUUGAGAGCAGCGGUGACGAGGCUGACUCCGACGACGAGGGCUUCGACCCGACUAAACCCCUGCCCAAGAUCCCCGACUUGAAGAAGGCGCAGCGCAAGGUGAGGAAGCAGCAAGAGAAUGCCGGCCAGUCAGAGGGGCCUGGUACGAUCUAUGUUGGACGUAUUCCCCACGGUUUCUACGAACACCAGAUGCGGGACUACUUCAACCAGUUCGGUACUGUCACCCGCCUGCGUCUUUCCCGUAAUCGUACCACCGGUCGCUCUAAGCAUUACGCUUUCAUCGAGUUCGAUUCGGAAUCCGAUGCUAAGGUCGCUGCGGCUACCAUGGACAACUACCUCCUGUACAAACACCUCCUGAAAUGUAAAUUUGUCCCACAGGAGCGUCUGCACCCUGAGAUCUGGAAGGGCGCCAACAGACGAUUCAAGCGAACCCCGUGGAACAAGAUCGAGAAGAGGCGACUUGAGCAGGGCAAGACGAGAGAGCAGUGGUCGGAUCGCAUUGAAAAGGAGCAGCAAAAACGGGCGGCCAAGGCAGAGCAGCUGAAGAGCAUUUUGGGAUACGAUCUGGAGCUUCCUCAACUGAAGAGCGUGGACGAAGUUCCUGUGCAAGAGCGCAAGGCUAUCGAGGCCGACGAGCUAACAGCCGAGGAACCUGCCAAGGCUAUUGAGGCUCCUAAAACCGAGGAGGUCGAAGCAGUGAAGGCCGUUGAAGAUACCCCUAAGAAGAUCAACAAGAAGGAGAAGAAGGCAGCUCAGUCCCCUGCUGUGCAAGAGACCGCCAAGCCAUCGACGAAGAAGAGUGAAGCCGCAGCCUCACCCGCCACUAAGAAAGCUAAGAAGACUGGCAAGAAGGUCAAGGCCAAGGCUACAGCUUGAUUCUUCGAUUCUAUCUAAAAUGUCAUUGUCCUGUUGUUCAUCGCAUAAAAGAUCGCUCGGAGUUGAUUGAUUUCAAUUGUACAUGGUUAUUGUAUUAUUCGCUAGGC